CUCUGCCCCCGCAGCAGCGGUGCCCACUCGCUUCCCGCUCCCUCUCCCACCGGGGCCGUCCCACUCCCAGCCGCUCCCCAGCUCCCGCCGCGGCCCCGGGGGCUCCGCGGGCAGGGUCAAAGUCCAGCCCCGGCCGUGCGGCCCGACAGCACCGCGCACCCGCGGCCUGAGGUGGAUGUGGCAGCCAUGGUGCAGCUCUUUGGCUACGUGGAUGUGACCGACACUGGCUUCAUUGUGGCUGUCCUCUCAAUCGCCUUCAACCCUUUCUUCUGGAAUGUGGUAGCCAGAUGGGAGCACAAAACACGAGCACUCAGCCAAGUCUUCGGCUCUCCCCAUGCUGCCUGUUACUGCCUGGGUGCUGUGAUCCUGGUGCUGAACUGUGUGCGGAGCCACUGCUUCACAGAAGCCAUGAAGAGCCAGCCGAAGCUGGAGGGAUGGGACUGCCACUGGACCUACUACUCAGGCUUGGCCAUCUCGGCUGUAGGGACCUUGUUUGUCAUCUCCAGCUUCUUAGCACUGGGAUUCACGGGGACCUUCCUAGGUGAUUACUUUGGCAUCCUGAUGGAGGAAAAAGUGACCAGCUUCCCCUUCAGCAUCCUGGAUAACCCCAUGUACUGGGGCAGCACAGCCAUCUACCUGGGCUGGUCCCUCAUGCACGCCAGCCCAGCUGGCCUUUUGCUGACAGCUGUAGUGGCAAUUUCCUACACAAUCGCUGUGCUGUAUGAGGGGCCUUUCACAGAGGAAAUCUAUCGGAGGAAGCAGAAGGGAGUGAAGGGCAAGUAGCCCCAGGGCACUCUCUGGGGUACCUCGUGCCUCUCCGGUCCCCACACUGUCUGAUUUGCCCAUUUUCCUGAGAUGUAUCCUACUAAUUAACCCAGCAACCCUUAAUGAGCCGACUGAGCUCCCUGCAGCACUGGAAGUGACCAGAGGAACAGCCUGAGCGUGGUGGCAGCUCCUUGCCACAGCCUGUGGGAGAUGGAGGUCCCUGUCCCCAGGGCUCUGUCCAGGUCCUGCAGCUCCUGAUGCUCUCCUGGGAGUUCCACAGCAUGGGACCUGCCCACCUCUUCUCCCACACGGAUUACUGGAGAUCUACAGGCAAAAAUGAAUUCCCUUUGGACUGGAGGGAAAGCAGAGUAAUGAUGGAAACACAGGGGGGCUUUCAUAAGUGGGCUCUGGGCAUAUGGAAGCACCAGCUCCAGCUGAUCCUGAAGAUCUUCUGAAGGUGCUGCCACAGAGCCACGAGAAGCAGACAAAGCUCAGGUCCAGCAAUGGAGAGAGCUCAGGAGCCCCUGAGGAUUCAAACACAGAUGGGGAAGGAACAGGGGGAAACUGCUGUGAGCUGAACAACAGCAAAACCUGCUGCAAACCCAAAAACCAGCCCCUUCUUUUUUUGGGAAAGGAACGUCCCCAUCCAGAGCUGCAUUUCCCACCCGCGCAGAGCCCUGCAGCAUCUCCACACUAUUGCAGAGGCUCUAAGUGACUGAAAAGCACAGGAGUGAGAAUGUGUGACCUAAAGCACAUCCCAGUGGCACGGAGGGGUGGCAGCUGUCCUGUGGGGAAGCCCCAGCAUGGAGAAGAUCCAGGGGAAGAGUCAGUCCCUGUCUGCACUUCACAGAUAUCCCACCCCUGGCCGUGUUGGUGCCACAGCCCCUCCUUUUCCCUGGGUCCACAUGAGGGUCCUGCUGCCUUUCCCACCACCCAGUGCCUUCCAGCUGUUUUCCACGGUCCUGCAGGGGCAGUGGGAGGGAGGGAGGAGAGGGCAGGGUUUGUUUCUGCCUUCCACACCGUGCAGCAGCCAGGUACGGAUGUGCCCCUCCGCCCCUGCCACCAGCCUGUCCCAAAAUUGUCCAGUUCUGAAUCCUGCCUUGAACAGAAAGAUUCCAGAGGUGGUGCUCCAGCCCCAGGCUCUGUUUUCACAGAUUCCCAGAACGGUUUGAGAAAUAAAGUGUGAAUGAGCAGAGGAGCAGGUGCUGGAGCUGGAGCUGUGCUGCUGCCAGCUCCACUGGAACGUGGCACCACAUCUCAGCAUCACACUGUCCCCUCCACAGAGGGUUCUCCCUCUUCUCAGUGUCACCUCCAUGAAACAGUUCCAUUUCCUUUUGCUUUCCCACCUUGUAAUUAACCCACUCAGCAGAAUUAAAAGUGUUGGUCUCUUUUCA